CAAAAUCUGAGAUGGAGGGAGAGGAAAGAUGAGGAUGAAGUCCUUCUUGGUGGGAUUGGCGCCAUUUGCGGCGAUAGUGCCGGUGGAGUGUCUGGAUGUUGGCUUGACUACACUCAGCAAAGCUGCUAUGUCAAAGGGAGCGAGUCCCUUUGACUUGGUUGUCUAUGGAAAUGCUUUGGGCUCUCUCACCCUCCUCCCCAUUACUCUCUUCCUCAAUAGGUAUUUUCCAUCAUAAUCAACGAGAGAUCCAUGUUAUCAUUUGGUUCCUUCAAUCCAGAAAUUUGAUGAUGCAUCUGGGUUUUGCCAAAUUACAAUAAUGCAGAACUAUGUGU